AUUUUUAAUUUUCGGCGGUGGAAAUUUUAUGUGGUUGGAGGGCAUUUAUGGCUGUAUUGGUAUGGCUUGAUAAAGAAAUCACUUAAGGUUUGGUUGUGUCUUAAUAUGUGGUUUUCUAGAAGCAAUAACAAAUCUUCAUAUGUGCAAAGUAAUCUAAUUGGAAUUUCCUUAGGCAAUGCAACCGUCAACUGAAACGCUGUACAAGGAGAUUCCUAUUCGAACUGUGGAAUUGUACCGGAAACCUGAAGGUUUUGGCUUUACUCUUUCUAGCCAAGGACCUUGCGUGCUAAGUUGUAUUUUAGCGGGAAGCCCCGCUCACAGAGCUGGUUUGAAGCCGGGUGAUCAGAUAAUUGAAGUGAAUGGAACCUCUGUACAGAAGACACCUCAUGAACAAGUUGUCAAAUUGAUAGCAAGUUCGACGAACGGGAUGGUUCGACUCGGGGUUCGAAAGCGUGCUGAGAUUCAAAGAACAGCGGUGAAUGGAGAUAAAAUCAACUAUGAGAUUUCAGAAGAAAAAGUAGUCGAAGAGGCAAUAAUCAACAGAGUGGAUAAAGUCGUAGAAGAAUUGAGGUCAGGGCAACUGUUCGGGGAUUCUUCGAAACUCCGCCAAACUCUUUCCAGUGGAAAAUUCAUUUCCGCGGAAGAGGUCGUGAGUGACGAAGAGCUGAAAGCAUCGUUUUGUGAAAGCAUAAGGUCAGAAAGUUCUUUCCCGGGCUCUUCUCCUGCCCAGAGUUAUGCCAGUAGCAGACGUUCCAGCGAAGGAGAUGUCGGCUCAAAUUCGUCUUCUCCACAGUUAUCACGGCUGCUCUAUCCAACUAUGACGCCAUUGAGAAAUCACAGUCCAGCGGAUAUCGGUUUUGAACCGGAAUUGCGAGUGAUUGUCGGCUAUUUAGGCUCAAUUGAGUUGCCGGCUGCAUCGAGUUUGCCAGCCGCAAGUUUGACCGCGAUUCGUAAUUGUGUACGCCGUCUGAGAGCGCAGCAGAAAGUUCACAAUAUUUUCGUCAUGGAAAUUUCAUUGACAGGUAUACAACUUGUUGACAGCGAGAAGAGAUCUGUUGUCACGUACCCUUUGAAGUCGCUGGCCUUCACUGCGCUCUGUUCAGACGAUAAAAGGGUCUUUGGUAUUGUGACUAGAAAAAGUAAUGAACCAGAAAAAGUUAUUAACCCAUUGAACAGCUGGCAUGCCCAAAAUAACAACAAAAUUGAUCUGCAAAGUACUGUAAAUUGUUCUUGCCAUGUGUUCUCAGUUGAUCCUGAAUUGAGAAGUCAUGAGACUCACCAACAUGUAGCUGAAAAGUACAGAAUACGGUGCACCCCUCUGGGAGUAGACAGUGGCUGUGCUGAAUUUCCUGGGUCAUCCAGCACCAUUCUAAAGACCAUUACUGGAAUGUUUAAGGAGAGAACAGGCUCUGAAUCAGGUGGAACAAGUAGCGAUGGGGAAGUGUUCACAAAUGUGCGAGUACGGUCUGCAUCAUUGUCAUCCAGUCAAUCAGAGUCAGACGCUGUUAGACACUGCAAUGAUGUAACAAGUCAACCCCAGACAAUUGACUUUGCAAACAAUCAGGCAGUUAAUGGACUUCAGCAAGAUCUUCAGUCAUCUCAGUCUAUAAAACAUAUUUCACCUAAUGAUUCCAAAAAUAGACAAAAAGGAGAAACGGACAAAGAACAAGAAGGAGUUAUAUCCUUCAAUCAGCAAGUUCAUCCUGCCGAGAGAAAUGACUCUGGUAUUGGAUCUGAUUCUUACCCUCAAAAUGACACUGAAGCUGUCAAUGGUGCUACUUUCUCCAAAGAAAGUAACUCUCGGAGACCUCCUCCCCCUGUGGUUAGUGUCUCAUCAUUUCAUUCUCGUGAGAGCUCAGUAGAUUCGCAGUUUUCAAUGGGAUCACAUUAUGAUCCACUUGCUGCAGUGCCGUCUGGCAUUCUAAGGAAACCGCGCAGAAACUCAGAAGGCGAACAGAUGGGAUCAAAAGAGAGACAUCUCAGCAAUUCUCAAGAGGUAAGCAUCUACUAUACAGUAAAUUACACAGCGUCCGUACAGAAUCUUGAAUUCUUGAAAAAGUCUUGACAUUUGUCCAGCAGUUUUCCAGACCCGGAAGACGUCUGGAAGAAUGGUAAAAAGUCUUUUUUUUUUUUUGCAAAGCUCCGACAAAUGCUUUAGAAGAGAUUUUUUUUUCAUUUUGGUCAAGUCUUAUUCAAACUCACCCAUAUGUUUGCAGCACACCAUGAAAAUAGCUCCAUUGAUCAUGUAUUUGAUAACCUUGAGUCUAGAAAGAGAAAUAUUGUUUUGAAGAAAGUCUGGAAAAAGUCUUGAAUUUUAAAUCCAAAAAUCUGUAUGGGUCCUGAUUACAGUAAGCUUAGCUUAUUAUCAAGCACAGCUGUAAACUGACAUACUAAUAGUAUUUAUGCUCCAGAUUGGUAAAUUUGGCUCUGCAACAGUUAAAUUUUGUGUUCAAUUCAAAGUGCAGUAUGCAACAUUUCCCACACAGCUACUCUGCAAUGAGACCACAAAUUAAUGUUUUGAAUAUUCCUCAAUUUCAUGAUUCAAGUGACUAAUAAACACAAUGGUAUAUGGUACAUGUCGGUGCAAAUGUUUAUUUUAAAGCACCAGAAAUUCAAUGUCAGUGAUGACUCAGUCAGAUGAAGGGGCUGUACUCUACCCUUACUUGCACCCCUGGUGUCUUACUUCUGCCCUUGGGUGACUAGGAAAUCUUAGCUUUUGCAUCGAAAUCAAAAUGCUGUUUACUGUACCCUGGAUUUCACAGGUUCAGAGCACUGGUCUCCUUAUAUUUUUUUCAAGAGCAGAGCCUUGCCUGGUAGUCAGGCUUUUAGCCAGACAUUGAAAACUGGCUGUCCAGAAGGCAUGUUUUCCCUUAAAAUAAUUAUAAGGGAUUAAGUGAAUUUUCCUUGUAUAUCUUCCAAAAAUGGUUAUCCAUAGGAUGGCUGGACACCCUUCUGGCUAAAACUUUGCUGAUAGUGGUAUUUAAUUGAAAGGGAAGCACAAUUUGUUGUUGUGAAUGAUGAAUCACUUGUAUUUAGCCUCAAACUUAUGCAUGACUGCCAAAUACAGUAGUUGAGGUCACAGUAAAAAAAAUAAGAUGCUCAAGGAAAUUCAUCAUGAAUCAAUAUUAUUUGACAUGACGUUUUUUAUGCGUCCUUACGAAGUACAGUAGAUCCACAUUUAUAAUUGUUACUCUGAAUUCUGCUUUCCAACAGUUGAGUUAAACAAGCAGAAUACUAAUAAUUUGAAACUGACUCGGCAUCUUGAUCAGGGGACAAAUUUUGCCACACAUAAAUCAGGUGUGAUGGGUUUAAAAUUACUGCUGUUGAAACAUUGCUCAACUGUUAUUUGCGUAAGUGGCACUUUAGGUAGGGAUUGAACUUGAAACAAUAAAAUGUUGACACUUCUUAAUUGAUUUAUGUUUGCAGAGGCAAUAUUAUUAUGAUUAAUCAAUAGGAAUAGAUCAGCAUCACCUUUGUCAUGUUUUUUGCAAAAGCUAAAGCAAAGGCAAGCACAAAAUACCCAACAAAAAUUACUUAUUGUUGUGUACAUUCAAAAAGUAAUGUUUUAAAAUGCCUGUGUUAUGAUACAGUGUAAGUCCAAACACUUUUUAUGUUAGUUUAAGUUUUGAAAUAGGAAACUUGUUUGCCUUUUACAUGGCAUCUUUACAUAGUGAGUGAAGGUGAAAUUGUUGAAUAUAUGUCCUAGUUGAUUAAGUAUUGAUUGUUUGGAUAAGGCAGUUAAUGUUAUAAAUUAUUAAUCCAGGAUUUCUAUACAAUCUGUUUAAAUAAAAAAUGUUGUUUCAGUCUGUUAUGUAAUGUGUAAGGCUGAAUUAGGCAAGAAUUGGUUUAAGUUAAAAAAUUUGUCAAAUUCCUGAUGUCUGUAUGGGUACAGUAACAUAAUAUGCUUUGAGGCAUAAGUUUUUUGUCAACCUGUGUGACUGCUAGCAAUGCGUAAUGACUUCAUAAAAGCUAAAACCUGUACCUGAAAGAAAUCUCUGCCCAUCUCAUAAUAUUUCUAAACGUUCAAGCCAUGGAACAUGAUUUUUUCUUUUAAUAACUUGCUUUUAAAUUCAGACGCAAUCAGUAAAAUUUACAGGUAAACUCAGAACCUCGUUUGGUAACAAGGCUUAAGUUUGCCUAAAAUAUUUUCAUCAGUGUGCCCAUCUACAGUGUUUAAUAAAUAGUAAUUAUUUUUUGUUUAUUUUUUAGAAAGGAUAAGUAGUCUUUAAACACAUAGCUCUACUUGUACACUGUUACUUGCUGUAGUUGGGAAAUAUCUUUUAAUGGAUAAGGUUGAUUUGAAUUUUCUUUUUCUCUUGCCUGUGGUUUACUAUGUGUACGUUGCGUUCAUAUAUUGUAUUUUGACAAAAAUCAUUUAAAAUAAACAGCUUAAGUGCAAUAUUGUGAAACAUGUGUCAAGGGUUCUAAACAUCAUGUCUUUUGCCUUUAUAAGGGGAGCAAUACAUAUUGUUGUAACUGUGUCCAACUCUUUUACAGUUUUUGUUUUUAAAUAAUAACUUUCCCAAGUACAUCUGGUUAAUUUAAGUUCAGGCUACAUUAAUAUGCUAAAUAAAAAAAGUUUUUGUGAUAUUUUUCCAACUUCAGUGAAAAGAAUUAAGUCAGUGAGAUAUUUCAUCCAAUUAGUGAUGUCUCCUAAUAAUGUGAUGAUUUAAAAUAGUAAUAUAAAAUUACAUGUAUCUGUUAAGGAAGCAAAUUCUAUUCUUUUCUUUGAUGAUAUUCAUUCAUUAAGACCUUGAUAAAAAGGAAGAAAUUUAGAUGAGGCAUACUAGACGUAGCAAAGAUAUAUUUUUGUAUACAACUGCUUUAACUUAAAUUAUGCAGAAUAAAAAUAUUGGACUUAUUAGGAAUUUAAACAAAUUGACGAUCAUUAGCUGUAAUAAAUAUUGGCAUGAGAUUCUUGAAAGUGAUAAACAGUAUCAACUUCAAUUUUGAUGAUGAAAUUCAACUAAUUGGAAUUUUAGUGGAGGGCAUUUUCAUCGCAGCUUCAGAUGAACUAUUUUUGUCUUUGGCUUCAGAUAGGCUAUUUUGGUCGUAAAACUUUUGUCCUUCGCUUCCCCUUUGAAGUAUUGAUCAUUCAAGCAAUAGACUAAUCCGGGUAUUCAAUGAUAAUGCAAGCUACUUGGCAUUCCCUUGGGAUUUUUGUUAAUGAAAUUUGUAAACAUAACUGAGAUGUCAUUGAGUUUUGCAUUCCAUUUGAAGACCACUGGAGCACUAAUCAAGGCUAUGUGUUACGUAUGCCCAAAACAAAAUGCAUAAACGGAAUUGCAGCUGGCUUUGUUUAUGUCUAAGAGCCUUUCAAGGUCAGUGUGUUGUUUUUUGUAAUUGUGUCAUGAACAAUAGCUCAAUUCAAAAACAAUACGAUUUAGUCAUGCAGUGAAACAAAAGCAGCAAACCCUAAUAAUAUUUUUUUAAAAUGGCUAAUUGAGUUCAAGCUAGAGGCAAAAAAUGCUUGCCUUGCUGAAUAUCAUUGCCUUUAUUUUUAUUCCUCAAAGUUAGUUCGUUAUUGUAAGGAAUUUCAAGGGUUUUUUCCGGUGAAAAAGCCUGACUUCUGUUGACUGUAUGUCGGCAGUAUUCAAUAUUUGCAUACCAGCAUUUGAUUAUACAGUUAUAAUAAACUGAAAACAAUUUCACUUCUGAUGAGAGUUGUCUGAAUAGAAAUUGUUUAGAAUUUGCCAAGCUAUCUAACUACAGUGUAGUAAAGGAACAAAGUGUUGUUUAUUAUUCUAAAAUUUAGUUGUCAAAACACUAGCUUCAGCAUUCCCAAAAAUCAUGCUGCAUUUUAAGCAAUGUUAUAAGUUCUAUACAGUUGUACAGUUACACCCCAGUGGUUGUAAAGAUCAUAGACUCUGUUAUUAUAGUUAUUUAUAAAUUAAUGACAUAUGAAAUUCACACUUUCAAUAGAUAAGUGCUUUCAUUCAGUAAUAUUUGCCGACUCACAUGAAUAUAAUUAAUUGAAAAUAAUUUGUGAAUUAUUUUUAUUCAACGAUACAGCCAGUGGAACUGCUCUUCAAGAACAGAUUUACAAAUUCCUCCCUAGUUAUUAGAUCACUUCCAGGGUUUGCUUCUUAAGAGUGGCUCCUUGUUUUGAGACAAUACUGGUAGAUACAUGUUCAUCUUACCUUAAGAAUUGGCUUUGGGAGUACAGCUUCUUUUUAGAAAAUAAAUCAAGAUCCUAGGAAUGACUAAUUUAAAUUAGAUGACUUUUUUGUGUAGUAAUAUACAAAUAAAUGUUUAAUGCAUCAAUGUGCUUGUUGUCUCCCACUCUUGACAUGACAACUAGUAUCACUACCAAGGAAAGUUUGCAUUUUUUUUUUCUAAUCUAAAUUUUCUGGAGUGAAAUAAUUGUAUGUCAGGUCCUACAUACUCUACAAACAUUAGACUCGAAGGUUUGUGGAGUAUGUCAGAUGCCACACUUCAUAUGACACAACAAUAAUGAAGAUAUGCCUUGGGUUAACAAGUGAUUAUAGGGUACACAAGGCAGUCUUAGUAAUACAAAUACUUGUCUGACUCAACAGUAAUAGCGAUAAUUAUCAUACCAUCAGACUUGCAUCAUUUAUAACCUUUUUAUCCUUGUUUUCUUAUAUUUCAGUCCCUGGCUCAUUCUGAUAUCGGUAAGUGCAUGUGAUAUGUGUGCUUAAAGCUAUUCUCUUCUAAGCAUUUGUUGUAUGUUGAAUUGCAAGUUCUCAUUUUAUUAGAAGGGGUAUUUAUCUUUCGUCUCAGGGCAAUGUCAUCAAAAAAACAUGAAUUCCAGCAUUGUCCUUGCAGGUUUGCUUGUCUGGGGUCAUUGAAAGCAUGUCUUUAAGUUUAUGGUUAAUUAUGAGAAGGUGACAUGCCUGGCUCAUUGCUCAUUGCUCACUUGCUCAGUGGGCAACUUAACAUGAGAGGUUACUUGCCUGACAGGAAAAUCUAGUCAUCCCGCACAACUGGAAUUGGACUUUUAAAAAUGCUUCUUUAUCUCUGAUUAGCAUCCAGGUGCGAGAAAGUGAGUGAUAAUGAGUUGCUUUUCAAGAGGGACACUAACUGGUAUUUUAAGCUUUGAUUUUUUUAAAGAGAGGUUUUCUUGAAUAAUCUGGAGUUUUUCAUUUUCAUUUUCUACUGGUUAUGUGUUUGGUGAGUGCUUGUCAGGUGUACCUUUUCUGACAGUAAAAUUUUCUUUUUUUUUUUUUUUUCAUGAUAAAAAAAUGUUGGUUUCAGGUUUUUAUUAUAUGCGCAUAUCCUCUCUUCAUUUUUGCUCUUUUGGUCCAUUCAUAAAAAGGUUUAACCAAACCCUAACACUUCUGCAUUUAAUUUAUUUUAAAUCUAUCUCAAUGACCUCCACAAUAUUACUUAUUUUGAAAACUAGAGUGAACAUUUAUUGAAAUUUGUCCUUUUUGAUCGUUUUAGCUUGUGGUUUUUGUGAUUUUGACAACUGUAAACUGUAGUUUGACAGUUUUGUUGAGAUGUUUUAUUCAGUUUCUAUGGGCUAAUUUUUCCUUCUCUUCGUCUUAUCCUAUAAAUUAAAUUAUAACCUGAAUUACAUGUACCAGUGGUAAUAUUUUUGCAUACUUUGGUAAAAGUGCUAACCUUAAUUUCUUGACUGAGUAAAUGUGCCUUGAAUCAUUCAACAGUGUUAAUUAGCAAUACAUGCUUGUGUUAAGUUCAAAACUGAAAUGAAUAUUUUCUUGAUUCCAAUCACAUGAUCCCAUUCUGAUGACCUCAUGACGGGAGCAUUAAAAUCUUGCUGUAACAAAAGUUGAAUUUGUAACUGCUUGUAGCCCAGCCAUCUGAAAUAGAAAAUUUUAUUUCCUCAGAUGACAGCUUUCUUAUUCUUGGACUAAUAUCGUCUUUGCUUCCAAGAAAACUGUAAUCCAAAGACAUAUGGCUGGCUAUUUAUACAUUUCAUAAUAUGAAAAAUAAUAAUUGAAAGUUGAAGUUUACUCACGGCAGUGUGUGCAAGUGUCACUGGUACAGCCUUCAUCAUGGGAAAUGGUAUUGCUUGAUUGUGAAAAGACCUUAUAUAGUGCUGUUGCACUUCUCUUUAAGUGACAGAUCUUUUUCAUUUUACUGAACUUGAUUUGAAAACAUAAAUUUAGUAUCACCAGUGUCAUAAAAUUAUUUAUACCAUUCCCUGAGUUGUUAUCAGGUGCUGUGACAACAUGAAUAUUCUUGUUGUGGCUAUUUUUUUGACAACUGUUGGGCAAACACUGGCAGGCAAUUUGCUGCUUAAUUUGGAAUCUGUUGAUGAAUCAAUGUUUUCUGAGUAACCCACACUCCAAUGUAACCAGUGAAUAUGAGCUGUUUACCAUCCAGUGGUUGUUGUUUGAAUCACAAUAAUAGAAUUCGCAACUUAAGUGGUUUCAUUUUACAGUAAAACUUGUGAUUUUGAAAGAGAGUUUUGUGAAUGAUAAAAGCUUGAGUCUUUUGUACUAACUCUGGUACAAUUUUGAUCACAGAAAACAACAGACGAAAAAAUAACGGUGGCUAAAUCAAAUUGAGAUACGAACUUAAGUUGAUCUUAAAAUGCUUGGUAAAUAAAAAAAUUGUCAUUUAAAGAAAAUUAUAUUUUGUAUCCCUUACAGUCCUAGGUUGCUCAUUAGUAAAGAAGAACUUAAAUGCAACUGAAAGCAUCUGUUCCAGCACUCAGAGCAUUCAUAGUUUAAGUAGCAUGCCCGGUGACAUGUCACAAGUCGAUGGUCGCGUGAGUCGUUGGGCUCUUGGGUUUGACAAGCUGAUGGAGGAUCCUGCUGGUCUGGGCUGUUUCAAGGUAGUGUGCAAUAAUAGUAAUAUUAUUAUACGGUCUCGACCUCCAUGUGCGACCACCUGUCAUAAGGGACCACCUCUCAUACGUGACCCAAUCCUGAUCCAAAAUAUCAUGGUAAAAUCACUACAGUAAGUUGUUCUCCUCUCUUAAGCGACUGUGACUACUUCAUGGGAUAACUGCUUUUGAAUUUUCCAUUGUUUUUAUCCUUCUAUAUGCAAACGGUUAAGGCAUGUAUCAUGUUUUAGUGGCAAUAUGAAGCUAUGCAUGCACAUAACCGGUUAUCUCCCAAAAUAAACACAGGCCUCGUUUAGAGAGACACCCUGUGGGUCAGUUCCUUAAGCAACCACUGAAUCUUCACAUUUUGGAUGAUCCCUUACGAAAGGUUUGACUGUAUUUACUUACAGUUUGAGACUGAUUCAACUGCUUAUUGGUGGUAUCCUGGAAAUUGAAUCAAAUUGAGAAAGAUGCUCUAUUUGACUUGAAAUAAUCUUAGUCAAUGAUUAGAUUCAAAGCGAUAUCCUUAGGAAAUUCUGAUAGGGACCUCUAACCACUGGGAGGUAAACUUCUUCUGAAACCUCAGUGAGGGUCUUGGUCAGCAAACUAAACUACCCCUCAAUAAGCACUGUGCCUGGUCUCAUAUGCAUGUCUAGUUUGUGAAAGCUGUAUUCACCACUUUGAGGUUGCGCGGGAGACCGGGUCGAGAUGGUUGUCAAAGUGCAUUGUGGGGACUGUUUUGGGGGACAAAUUUGCCACCAUGUUGAAAAUGUGUUCCUCAAAACAGUCCCACAAUGCCCUUCGGCAACCAUCGUCGUGACCUGGUCUCCCAUGCAACCUCAAAGUGGCAAAUACCCUUGCCAUAUACUUUACUGCACUUUUGAAAUACACCAUUAACUGCAGUGUAUUAUCCACACUAAGCAGGGUUAGGGAUGGUUUUUGUGCAUGCAAAUUUUGGUGACUCUUAUUAUUUUCGCAACAUCAAAUUUUUACAGUUAAUGCAAAAUUGUAAACUUUAUUUAAGUGUUGCAAAAGUAAAGUGAGAUAUGGUAUGUUCCUUGAUCCAUUCAUGCGUAUUUCAUACAUGUCUCUUUUUCAGAAAACUGUUAUCUUAAAGCCUUCUCUUUUGCCUCACAGGAGUUCUUGAAGAAAGAAUUCAGUGAUGAAAACAUUGUCUUCUGGAUUGCAUGUGAAAACUUUAGAAACCUCACUGAGUUUGAACAGGUGGGUUGUACUGGAUUAACAUCAAUAAUGACCAGUGUCACUAUAAAAUCGCAUGGUCUACUGUAAAUUUCAUUGCCAUAAUUUGCGUGCAGGUAGAAUUCACCUUCCAGUAACUAAACCAUCUGAAAACGGUCAAGCAAGUUCCUCUCAAUCUAUUCAAUGCAUAGUGAAGAUUUUAGACCUCCUGAUGAUAAUGAUAAUUUAUUAACAUUCAUUUAUAACAUUUAACAAAAACAUCACAAAUCAUAUACCAGUAUUUUAGUAAUUUUAAAGGGCCAUUCCGUUCAGGAUUCAUCAGCCCCUGUAUGGUUAUAAGCCCUCCUAAACCCCUUAUGAAGUAACCCCUUAUACAGAGCAGACGUUUGUGGUAUGAAUGUGAUUAUCACAUUAUUGACAUGAUUGUUCAUUUCUCCUUCUUUCAUGUACCAGCUGAAAUUUGAAGCAGAGAACAUCUUCCACAAUCAUCUUGCCCCCAAUGCUCCAAUGCCUGUUAAUAUUGACAGCAAUGCUGUGAAAGAUGCCGAGGAACAACUGCAAAACCCAAAUAGUGAUAUGUUUCGUCUUCAGCAACAACAGGUUUGAAAAAAAAAAUUCUGUUUUCAUAAAAUUAAAUCUGCUUAUGUUUAAACAAUUAUUGAAAUCUCCAAAUUCUCCGUGUGAAGUUUGUGUCAUAAAGAGCUCAUUGUAAUGGAGAGAGUCUAUUUAUGACAUUGCAUUGUGAUAGGUAAGGCUGUUAUAACCACAUAUGCCUCUCGAAACUUUAGCUUCUCUAUCAACUGAAGUUGAUAAAACCAAAUCUUUGUAGUAUUCUAACAGUCUAAAUAUUGUUGGGUGUACCUGAAACUGGCCAUAUCUUGAACUAACCCAUUGUGUGAAAUUUGUAAUGAUUUCUGUAAGUAAUUUAAUUGAAAUAGGCCAUUUUGUGAGUUGUCCUAAGUCCCUGUUUCAAACCUAGACAAAGCGCAAAGCCAUUAACCCUUUAAGCCCCAGUAUCUACAUACAAAUUCUCCAAACUGAUAUCUAUACAUUUCCUUAAAGAAUGAGUUUAGAGAAUUUGUUAAAAGAUCAAGGCAUUUUUACUUAGGUGAUCAUUUUAUUAAUUCUCAUAACUUAUCUGUUGACAAUGUAUGGAUAUUGACAGGAGAAAAUUGAUGUUGGUCACCAUUGGGACUUAAAGGGUUAAUGUGCCAAUGAUUUUUUGUUCUCAUGCAAAUAAAACUCAUUUUCACAAGAAAGGUUUCGCAGUUAGCCUCGUUGUGAAAGUGAGAGUUUCUGGAACUCGGAAGUGGCCUGUUAUAGGUAAGACCUACUCUGACUAACAUGAGUUAAGAGAACAAGGUUGUUUGUUCCAGGUUUACACGCUGAUGAAAUUUGACAGCUACCCUCGCUUUCUAAAGUCUGAUGUUUACAGGCAGAGCCUUGCAGCUGACUUGGAAGGAGCACCCCUCCCUGGGGAAGAGGGAGAAGAGGACAGAGAAUUGAAAACAAGAGGCAGCUUCUUUUGGAAGGUAGGAAGCAGGGGCAGGGUCCAGACAAUUCAUGAAGGGACAGCGGGAACACUUGCCAUUAGAGUUCCAGUAGCUCAGUGGUUAGAGCAUCCGAACUAGAACUUGGAGGGUCGUGAGUUCGAUGCUCACCUGGAGCUCGGAAAUUUUUCUGAGCUUUCUGGUGUUUGAAUUCUCCUUGUUCUUUAAUAUGUACGUGUAGAUCUACAGAAAGGUGGGUGGGUCCACUUGGCUGACCCCUAGAUCCGCUUAUACAAGGUGUUGGGGGAAGUGCUAAAUUCAGAAAGGGGUGGCCGGGAAACUUGACAGCUAUUUAGAUACUCUGAAAUAGUUACUGAGAAGUCUAUAAAAAUAAGGGUAUGACCUUAGUGCCCUUGACCAACUCCUUAAUCCGCCCAUGCCUACAGCACUUGACUUUAAAAGUACCCUUGAAGCUUCUGGUGCAACCAGCUGGGGGCAAAAUUUAAUAUUGGAAACAAUGGUUAUGGGAAAUUUGGAGGAGUGGGUAAACGAGGUACAUUAUGGUCUCGGUGAAAAUGGCAAAUUCUUGUCAUUUUCAUUUUUGUACAUGUUAUAAUAAAACUAAGAAAUGUCAACACAUUAAAAUCUGUUUUCUUUGAUACCGCAAUAAAUCAAUAAAAUAAUACCUAAGUCUUGUAGUUCUUCUUUUUUUUUCAUUAGUUUUUAUUUUACUGAGCCUAAGAUCAAUCAUUUUGUUAAAGAAGAAGUUAGAAAAAUAUGAUUAAAAGAAACGUUUUAGUUUAAUUUUCUUUUUAAAUACUUGAUAACACAAGUUAAUUAUAACUGUAUGAAUGAUUUGCUACUCGCUUUAUUAAGCCUAUAAACCUUCAUAAAGACCUUAUUCAAUUUCUUCUCGUAAUACCACUGCGUGAAAACCAUUUAGAUGGUGAGAAUAAAGGAAGUGACCACCAAAGAUAAAAUUCUCGAUUUGUAUACAGUUUUUCCUAAUGAGCAUCAAAAUUUUUUUUGAGAUUAGUGUUAAAAAUUUAUGUGCUUGGAUUUUUUAGUAUCAGAAACAUUUGGGCUCUUACGUUGUACUAGUAUUUUGAAGUUCAACUUAACUUUUGAACUUGAAAUAAACUGUAAGAAUUAAAUGAAUUUAAAAUGCCAUAAACCAUAACUACAAGAUUGCCUAUAACAUUGACUUUCUAGAUUCCUUUUCUUUAUCCGUCCUCUGAGGAAUCGGAAUUUUCCAGCGGCAGCAGUAGAAGCAGUUUUAGUCUUGAAGGACAGGUAAACAAACUAUGUAAAAUUAAUAAGUUAAAGUUUUUUCUUCCUGAUACCGGUAACAUCUAUUUAUUCCCAGUGUUCCCCGUUUCUCUUUAACGAGAGGGACUAUGGUAUAGUAUUACUGAAAAUCAAACUAAAUGGAGUAGUAAUUUAAAACCUGGAUCCUUUCAUCGAAGCAUUCGUUUGAUCUUGUUGAUAAAUUUAUGAAAUAACGGUAAAUAGAUAAACCACAAUUUGAUUAAUAAAAUGAACUGUACCCUAGCAGCACUGUAGCAGCAGUCCAUCACUUCAUUGAUUCGUUGAUAAAUUUAUGAAAUAACGGUAAAUAGAUAAACCACAAUUUGAUUAAUAAAAUGAACUGUACCCUAGCAGCACUGUAGCAGCAGUCCAUCACUUCAUAGGCUCCUGACUCUAGCCAUAAACACGGUUCCUUGGUAGUUGUGGUGGUGGAAGGGGGUGUUGUGGAGAGAUGCAUGGGUAAACAGCCCAAUCACAGAUUAAUUAGUCUUUCAUAACAAGUAAUGAUCAAAUUGUUCAGUCAAUAAUUUUUCCAAAGCUUGCGAGCACGGUGUGUGGGUAGCGUUAGUUUAUAAGGCCGAAAAUUGAAGAUUUCAAGAUUUCGCUGGAAGAUGCAGUGAAAGCUUAAGACUGAAGAGGUUAGAAACAAAUCUGAUUAAAACCUAGGUAGCGAGAACGUUUUGGCGCGAGCUCACGUGAAAACGCUUGCUAUCCGCUGCAGGCUCACCUGAAUGCGAAAAUAGGCUGACGUGAAACAAUAAGAAUUUUUUGCGCGUGGUGUGAUUCUUUCACGCGAGGAUAAGUGCCCUCACUUUAUGUGUAUGGGCGUUUUAAACUUUCCCUUUGGCCUUAGUGUCAAAACAGUGGGGUAAAUAGCCUGCGUGGCAGGCGUUCGAAAGGGAAGGGGAAGGGAAUUAGGGCGCGAGACCAUGCGUGCCCUCGCGUACCCCACGCGCUUUCGCGCGCCCAAAUUCCCCCUUCCCCUUCCCCUUCCCCUUUUAACGCCUGCCACACAGGCUAUGGGGUAAAGUGCCCGUAACACCGCCGUUUAAUCAUUCCAUUAUUGAGGAAGAGCGCAUAUUAGGAAGUUAAUGAUUUCCUGAAACUUUGAAUAACAGUGAGAAGUAACUCACUGGACUGAGGCGGUAUUUAUUUGCACCUUGAACUUUAACGGCCUAGUUAGCUCAGUUGGGAGAGCGCCGGUCUGCUGAGCGGGAGGAAACACUCGGGCCGAGGGUCUUCAAAUAACUGAGAAGCACUUUCGUUUAUCUGGUUGUUGUGGGACGUAAAAGAACCCACACCACUGUUCGAAAAGAAAAAGGGACGUAGACCCCGGUAGUGUGGCCAACGUUUUCUGGGCUGCGUUGGUUAUCUGUAAGGAGAGAUCUUUAAAAUAUAGGGAUAACUUCAUGAUCCUCCUUCAGGUGUCGUAAUGGCUACCUGUAAACAUGGUAUGUACAUUAUGUAUGUUGAAUUAUCCUGGACUCACAGAAGUCUUUGUUUUACUUUUUAGCGCUCAGUCCGCCGCAGCCGAGGAAGUAAACACAGCAGCAAACGAUCAUCUAAAGGAGUAGACGGAGAAAGAAAAAAAGCUUUUCUACCUUGGAAAGGUAAAUUAAGAUCUCGUUGGUUUCUUGUGAGCUUACCUUCCCUCGGUUAACUUCUCCGCGUUACUUUUUUUGUACUAUCGUAGGGCCUCUUCACAUGAGCCUGGUUGACUGGGCUGGCCCGAUUUCCGAGAUCUCGCGUUACCUCUAAAUCCUUUGUAAAAUUUUCAAUAGGGCCAUUUAUACGGGGAAAAAUAAGACGCGAACUUUCCAUUUAAACGGCACAUUUUGGCUAAAAUUACACGCGACUUAGCUAAGACGCGUCUUAUUUUUAGAACAGCUCUUAAAACCUGUUCUUAGAUGAGAGGCGUCUUAGCCAAGACGAGAAAAACUUCGUAUAACUGACCUUUGCGUCAUAAUACGCAUGCCUUAAUUUUUGUGGGAAAAUUUUCGCUUGCCCAGCGGCGGACUGGCAGGCUACUGGCAGGGAAAAGUUGUUUACAAAUUACAACGCGUUUUCGUUUCCUUGGGUUGCCAUCUAUUCUAAGACUUUUAAGCUUUAUUUGUUUCUUCGCUCAAUUAUAAUGAGCCUGACUCAGGCUCAUUAUACUUGAGCGAAGAAACAAACCACUCCGUCGAUCUCCUUCUUCCCCUUUUUCUCGGGCUCCUUCUGAACUUUUCCAGGAGAGCAUUGUUUUUUUUAUAAUUCUGCGACAAAUAAGCGCUUUUGUCAUAUAAGAAGACUCCCCCAUUUUCAUUAAAAAGGUCUUCAAAAUAUUGCCUCUGCGGCAAAUCGCAACAUGACGCAGUAACUUUGAAACGCGGCCAUGUUGGAGUGCCCUUGCUGCGGGCAACAUUCACAUGAAAACGAGUCAAGAACAGAAAUAAUACGUGAACCAAUUUUAUACGAGCUGCUUUCGUCUUAGAUAAGGCAUGCUCGUAUAAAUGGUACAGUCUGCGUCUUAUGUAAGACGCGUCUUACUUUUUUUCCUCGUAUAAACUGCCCUAAUGCGUUCAUUUGAGAGGGCGGGCUGGCUCUGUUCGCGAGAUCUCGGUUCUUCCAACCGGUAUCUCGGUAAGCGGACUGGAAAAUUUUGCCAUAUAAACACUUCAGCCCGGUUACCGGGAUAAAAGUGGGAUGAAUUCUUUGAAACAGGAUGACAUCGUCCUGCUUUGCCUGCUGUACUUUCCACAUCCUAAGCAUCCCAUUUAACUGCAGUUAUACAAAUAUAAGAGUUGCCAAAGCUUGCUUUGUUUCUCGACUUUCCGCGCCAGAAUUCAUCCCUGCAUCUUCGUCCUUAUCUCAUAUCGGAAACCGGGUUGAAUAUGAGAAAUUUCAACUCAGUUCAUAUUAUGAACCCAGGGUGAAAUUGGUUCAAGUAAGCGGGCCAGCCCGGUCAACCGGGCUCACGUGAAGAGGCCCUUAACCCUUUAAGCCCCAAUAUCCACAUAUAAAUUCUCCAAACUUAUCUCCAUACAUUUCCUUUAAGAAUAAGUUGAGAGAAUUUGAUAGCAGAUCAAAGUCUUUUUAGUGAUCAUUUCAUAAAUUCUCAUAACCUAAUCUCUUUACAAGGUAUGAAUAUUGCUGGGAGAAAAUUGAUGUUGGUCACCAUUGGGACUUAAAGGGUUAAUCUCCCCCCUGCGAUUGGUUUGCGGGCGAGCCGUCUCGUUGUCAAGGCAUAUUUUCCCUGCUCCUAUACCAAACACAUAUUUUGUAGCGGUUGCUCUUUCGUCUUAUAUUGGUCUUGUUUUUUCCGAAAUUUCUUUCAUUGGAGAGGACAAUUGUCUCUUUAUCAGCAGUGCUUUUAUAUUUUUUAAAAUAGAUCAGCUUAUUCUGGUUGUUAAAAAAAAAACGUGCGUUAUCUUAUUUGUCUUAAAACUUGUGAACUUUUGCAUUUUUAACUCUGUUUUUCUUAGCCACUAACUUUUGUGCUAGUAUUACCACGUGAGGCUGAUAUCGAUAUUUCAUGUUUAACUGCAAUAAAUUUCUUUCCUCUCCCCCUUCAAGAUUCUUUUGUGUUUCAAUUAGAGCAGACAUGAUUUUCAUUUGUUUAAUACUGGAUUUUAUCGCGAGCUAAAAAUAUUCUGUUCUUCAGUUAACCUUCAAUUUAAACAGCUUUCGAUGCUCUUUUUAAGUCAGUGUAUCACUUGCCUCCCCAAUAUGUUUUCGUGUUUUUGUCUUUAUUAUUCUUGGUAAUGUCAUCUCUUACGAUUUUUUAGUCACUAUUUUAAUGGAAAGUCAUUUCGUCAUUUAGGCAUGAUUUAGUUCCUGCGACCAAGAUAUUCAUUGGAAAAAAAUACGUUUAUCUUUAAAUCUUUACGCAGUAAAAGCAUCUUAAAAGAUCCAUUUGUUCUUUUAUCCCCUCGAAACAUUACCGUUUACAAGUGAAAAAAGACUCUUUUGUUUAAAGGAACAAUUCCUAGGUAUUUAUAGCCAGCUUAAUGGUCGUUAACUGCCGUAGAAAGGAUAUUGCUAUUGUUUUGGAGUACUUGAAUACUAAUAAUGCCCCUCCUUCGAUUUUACAGGCAAACACGUCAAAAAAGGUUAGUAAUGAUUGCUCAUUUGCACAUCCGCCGUAUUUUUGUUAAACAAAUCGCGACGUUAGUCUUAUUUUAUUGCCUGAAAAAAAUCAUUUGUCGGCUUAUACCUAGUGAACAACUUUUUUAAAUGCUACGAGGACGUUCGAAAUGUUGAAGUUUCAAAUCACAAGAAAGACUGAGUAUCUCUACGUCAACACGCUAGGAUUUAACUCUUAUAGCCACAGUGAGUUACAAACGCUGAACGCUUCUCUCGGCUAUUUUUUCCUACUGUCACUGACGCUUGAAUUUCUUCCCAUAUCAAGCAUUGAUCUCCAUGAGAAUUAAUUUGUUUGAAUUUUAAGCUGUCUUAGACUUAAUAACUUUGACUUAAUCCCUCUUCUCUUGCAAUGGUGCGAUUAAAAUUUGUUCAAGUGUUUUGAUUUUUGUACUUUUAAAUGUUCAUAACGUUUUUAUCCUUACACAGGUGACAGGUCAUUUGGGAGCCAGCCCGGGAGUGCUCGAAGCUCCAUUUCAUCGUUGUCAGAUUCAUUUCAGAAUAUCAGCCACUCGUCCGAGGUUCGUGUUUUUUAAAUACCUUUUUUUACCUCUCGCGUCACGCAAACGAACAAUGUGCCUAUUACGAAGCUUGCAUCGCGCGUGUUUUACAUAUCGCGCGCGUUAAGCCGUUGACAUGACCCCAUGGUUUUACCGUAUCCCAUUGCGGACUGUUAUCGGAUUGUACUCGCACACACCAUCUGCUGAAUAAUCGUGCCACUCAAGUGGAAUAAAUUACUAAUCCUGAUCAACAAAGGUGACUCUUAAAUGUCAUGUCUACCCUCUAGUACGUGGCUAACGUUUUGAGUCACGAUCAAAGCUCUUGUAAGCGAUUUCCUAAGGAGUUUAUAAAAGCGGACGCAACUAGAGCUGGCCACAGUUGUUCAUAAAGUGGUUAACGCCAUCCGCUGGAUAGUGCAAGUGGUUCCCUAAUUGGUUCCGGUUACUUUUUUUCGGAGUUUGUUCCACCGACUCAAUAGUUGACAUAUGUAUCCUGGACGGCUAAGAACAAAGAGUUGAACAAUUCUUGAUGAAGUUUAACCAUUUUUCCGUUCGUUUCACAUUGUUAGUCUUUACAUGCAGACCAAAGAAGAGAAAGCGAGGCAUUUCAGUUCUGCAGAGUUGUGUUACCCGACCAGUCAUCCACGAUUCUGCUGUGUAAGGAAGGACAGACACUACGACAAGCCUUGGUUCACUUGUGCGACAGGAGACACCUCUCGCUGGUUGCUCACGAAGUGUAUCUUGGUGGCGGAGACAAGGUAAUGUCACGAAACACUUCGAUACUUGUUAUUUAUCUUUUUUCGUGAUGUUUCCCAAGUAAGAGUGCUUUAUAUCGAGCUAGUUUAGUGGUCUCGCCUAUAAUUCAUGCUCUCUGCGUUGAGUUGGGUUGAUUGAUUAUACCGGAAGACUGUCCGAAUACAGUCAGCCCUCAAGUUGGAAAGGCAAAAGAGGCUUUCUUAUAAGUUACGGAAGAUUGUAUUUGAGAAUUGUCCGAAAAAGUAUAUUUCAUUGCUGUUGGUUUUAAAAGUUGCGCAUUUAGAGAUUUUGCAUUGUCGCGAAUUUCUGUUAAAUACUCCUGUUAUCAUUUUCAAAUUUUUGUCCAGUUGUAAACCCAGUCGGAAUUUGAGACAUAAACGCCCCCCCCCCCUUUCCCCCUUAUAAGACCCUCUAAAAAGUCUUUGAAAAACGUUAACCCCUCGGGGCUGCCUUAUUUUCGGGUCUUAUUUUAAGUUGUUUCUUUCGUGGUUUGUUAUAAACAAGGAGGGAAAUGCACGCAUUGGGUUGUCCAUUAAUGAAUUGCCACUGGAUAACUUUGUUGAUAGGAUUGAUCAAGUGAAAAAACGUUCAGGCCGACCAUUUUUUUUUGGUUUGAUUUUACAGCUUGUACCUCUAGAGGAACUUGAUGAAGACAUGUCCAUUAUGGGCGGCAGGGAGGUGGUACUGGAACAUAGAACACUGUUCAGGUAAACAUUCAUCCAUCCAUCCAUCCAUUCAUUCAUUCAUUCAUUCAUUCAUUCAUUCAUUUUGCCGUUAUUCGGUAUCUGUAUAAACUGAGUGAUGCGUUACGCUGUCCUUGGAAGUAAAUAAACUGUUUACUGGCUUACUGGUACCAGGCUAUUUUCAUUUCUAUCCAGUAGUCAAACUUUAGUGGCCUACGUGUGACCGUACUCUCCGACUGGAAGUACCCCACCUUUUUUCGUUCUUCGGGGGCAAAGUGCAGCCGCUCGCAGGCUAAGCUUUGGGUUUGUUGUAUUUGCCUUGUUUGUGAUCGCAAGACUCGUCUUCAAUAGAUCAAUUUCGAUAUAUUAAAAUUCAUACUUGGCUCCGAGGCUUGGGGGAAUAAAACAAGAGAAGUGUAUUAUUUAUUACUGAGCCUCAAGAUGAUUUUUUUUUUCUUGAAGCCUCGCAGCCAAGAAUGAAUUUUAAUAUAUUGAAAUUGGUCUAUUGGGGGCACGAAAAAUCUCGAGCUCCCACACCAUCCAUGGACCUCCUUUCAAUCAAUUUUGCUCUGACGCGCUUGAUGAUCAGUAAGACAAAUCUGCAAUUCAAAGUAGACAGACUGCAAAUUAUAGUAGUUGCUGAAAAAUAUAUCUACGCGUCCCAACUGUUCAUCGGUAGGAUUCCUAAAAUGCGUCAAUAAUCGUUCUGUUGAGGACCUUACUAAUCACGUGUUUCACUGGUAUUGUUUUGCAGACUAGAGCUCCCGGAUGGAGUGACACUUUGUAUAAAAGUCAAACCAAAUCAGAGUGUGAGGGCGUGUCUGGAGCCCAUUCUCUCCCGGCAUGGCUUGUCAACUGAUAGAGUCAUUGCGCAUUUGGUGAGGAACAAGUUAUAGACCUUUUUAGCUUGUAUGUUGUGUUUUCCCUUUUCAGAAUAUGUGAUGUUACCUCAGAGAACUGUUUUUUUAAGUGUCGUCUUAUCCGCGUUCAUAUCUAUCCAUAAGUUAUGGACACCUUAAAGACAAAAGGCACAUUCCCUAUAGAACGUCACGUGCUCUGAACAACCGAAUAUCACCUUAUUAGCUGCUGAUAACCUAUAGUGAAUUAUUGUCCAGUAACAUCUAAACAGAAUGAUAAAACUUUGUUCUUCUCUUGCUGCUUCAGGCGGAGUGUGAAGUACCGUUAGAUCCAGGUAUCCCUGCGGCAUCAAUUGAACAUCAGCAGGUGGUGGUAGAGAUCGCUGAACAAUUUGCAGGUACAUAGCUAUUUGAUAUGAACUCGUCCCCAGAGCAUUCUCCUCUCACAAUUUUUGACGUGCUCGUUCCCAGGAUCCUCUCUUUUCUCUUUAUCGAGGGACUGGGAAAGCUUCUUUUUACUUUUUUUGACCAGAGAAAGUUAGCACUGUUAUCUUUAUCGAAGAAAAUGACAAAACUUCUAACAUUUGAUAACUUGUUUCCACCACCAUGGCAUUCUCGUUAUUAAUAACCAGCAGUAGAAUGACGACGGCUUUCGCCUUUUCCGCCAAAACGACGCUGGUUCACGCGCGCGAACUACUUGUCAUUGGUAUUGAGAAAAUCAGAUUUCGUUCUUGUAGUUGUCGUUGUCUUAGAAACUUAAGAUCUCUAUUCCAGAUCGCCCUGCGUCUCGCAACAAAAAAUUGGCUGUAGGCGUUGUAGGGUCAGUGAAAGAUAUUGUGACUCAAGUCAUCUGCGAUCAGAAAUUAGACAACCUAAGACAACCUGUAAUCUUUCCAGAGCUCUCCUUUACAAUAACAUUUUGCUUUCUCAGUCACAAUAAAACAUCAGCGUUGUUUUGAAAUCCGGCGUUCUCUCUAGGAGGUUUGCCACUAUUAGCGCCUUCUGUUCGUGAUUUAAUCAGGCGCCAUCAGGGAGGCAUAUAAGUAGCGAUUAACAUACAUGACGCGUUUCGCUGCGAAUCAACCAUUACUCAAUGGUUAUCUUGAUGUGUUCACCGCGCCACACGACAACAUAGCGGUGAGCCAGCAUCACCGUUGCUUCCCGGUUGCAAACCUUUUGAGAUUUUUGUAGGCUCUGAAAAUGUUGAAAUUUGCCGUUAGUGGUAAGUCCCGUCAAACCGCUUUGUUUUUCUUAAUUUUGAUUAUCAAAGUGAGCGUCACUCACCGUCGAUGUCAAAUUUUAGUUUCCGCGGUCGACUUCCUUUGUAUUUUUCACCCGUGUCUAAACCUUUUCUAUGCAAGUUUCAGAGUCAUUUUCGACGCGAUGUCAGGCUUUACAUUUUGUUAAAUUGUUAUGUUUUUCGGGGCUAGUGAGAGAACAAUGUGACAUUAUGAAGUCUAAACAUUUUCGAAAAGCAACGUACGCCAUUUGCUUUACUUUUGCAAAUUAUUUUUUUUUCUGUUAAGCAAAGUUUGACUAUCUUAUCCCUUUGAAAAUAGAAAUGACCGUGACAAAUUUUUGUUUUAUAUUUGCAAUUCUUGUUCAUUUUUACAGCCUAAGCCUUUGUUUACAAUGUUUAUGUCUGUUGGGCAAGUGAAGCCGAAAGCAGGUGGCCCCAUUCACUAAGAAUCGCGUUUGUUGAUUUUUUAAAUUAACUGUUUUUCUUUUUCCAGCAGUUAUCAUAGUCUUUAUUGUGUUCACUAUUAUUCAAUCAAUUAUUUGAAGGUUACGUAUGGAUUAUUUAUUUUGUUGUAAGAAAAAUAAAUUCGAAAUGUCAUUGUAUAAGACUUCACUUAGGCCCUUAUUGUAAGGUGUAGUUUUUAUUUCCUCUGUUUAUAUGCUCGACAUAGUCUAGUCAAAGAGACCGUUUGCUAAUCGAAAAGCUUUAUGCACAAUCGAAAUGUUUUGGGUUAUGAAUUCCGGAUUCGUUUUAAACUAAUAAUUCCAAGUUUUCUUCAAUUUCAAGGAAGUAAUUGUGAGUGUUGAAAACAACAACUUAAAAUACCUUCGACAGAGAUCCUCUAAGUCUCUUCUCACAAAAGCAUACGCCGGUCGGUCAGCUAUUGAUCACAUGAUCUACAGUACGGUUUUGUUAGCACACUGCACAUCGAUUGAUUAGUCUUCUACUCUGUUUUGCGCCAAUAAUUUACCCUUUGAGCAUUUUGAGCUGCACUUGAUUAUAACUCUUCAUUUAAACGAGUUACACAUUUGGUUUGCUAUUGUCAUAAAAUUCUAAAGUUUUUAUUCUUUUCUGUCUUUGUAAGAACUUUUGCCCGUCAGAAGUCGCGCGUCACUCAGCCAAUUCUUUUCAGAUGUAAUAAAUGACUGCGUUGCUGAAGACAGGUCGAUGACAAAAAUAAACGACUCAGUUUGUAUAAGACAAUACCAUUCGAAUCGUGCUCUUUUUUUUCUAAAUUUCUUGGUGCAGGUUAAAGUUGCCUGUAUCCCUAUAAUUCCACUGUCUCUCCCGAAAAAGUAACUAUAGCCCUGGUGCUAUUUUUCACCCCAAAUCGUUUUUAAUUAAAUUUAUUGUCGGGAUUGCUUAUUAUCGGAGAGUUUCCUUUCCUAUGUAGAUAUUGUUUGGCUCGCAUGCAUUUGCCUGUUUCUUUACACGAAUAAACACUUGUGACACGUUUGAUCAUAUAAAGUUGAAAAAAAUCACCCCAGAAUUCAAGUAGAACCAGCGGUGGGUGUCAUCUUAGAUUUGCAACUGAAUUGAACUGUUGUUUUCCUAUAUCGAUCGUAAAUCUCAUAGGUUUUUUUGUCAGAGGCCUGGUAUUUUGAAGUCCCGUCAAUUUUAUUUAGAAAUUGUAUGAUUCUAUAUCUAAACCGAAUUAUAGGAUCUUUGAUCCUCGAUCCUGGUUUUCCAGGAAACCGUCAAGCUUACGUGGUUUGGAUAUGUUUAAGUAUCGACUCCUUUACCCUCACCCCCCUAAGGGGAAAUAGCAUGCCAUGUCCAUGUCUUUAAUUCGUUGUUUUGUUGUAUUUUUUAAGGGAAUGCGAACACAUCCUCCCGUGUUCCUGGAAGGCGAGCGAACUCUUCUCGAGCUUCGCGGCGCGGCAGCAAAAAGAACGCGUUUGACGACCUCGCUCUCGAAGAAGUCAUGCGCGGAAGGCGACAAACACUGGGCGAUGGACACUUUGAUGAAACAGGGAUCUGGGUUCCAGAUUUAAAGUCGGCGCCUCUCAGUGAGGACUCUUUAAAGAGCUUAGAGCGCGGAGACGAAAGUGGAAACAGUCUACUUAAGUCUCAAGGAUUGUUUGCAAGAAAACGAAGAGAAGCCAGCGAACAGGAUAAAAUUAUUCCGGUUGCCAAUAAAAGCGGUCGCUUUGGCAACGACAAGCCGACAGAUGUUAAAGGUAAGGUUUUAGUCCGUGAAAACAGAUGCAGGCUGUCUUUGUUCAAGCUACUCAAAAUAACAUUCUUUAAGCAGUUAAAUAAGUGAAAUAAUGCAAAACUAAAUUGUUCAUUCGUUUUUUGAAAAAAACGAGUGUUUUCCGAUUAAUGUGCUGUGAAAUAAAGAAUCUUCAGCACAACGCGAAGAUUUCUUUGAAAUUGUGAGUUGCACGCGAGUAUUGAAUAACGCGAACUUAAAAUUUCCCUUAUUUUUCGUUCUAUUAAAUCAUUACUUUUGUUUUGUUUUCCAGCCUCCUUCAAAAUGUAAUUUUGAGCUACUGUUAAUGGAAAGUUUUAUAUAAAAUUCUUCGAGAGAAACUGUUUGUCUCGUAAACAGAGGGACGCGUGAAUUGAUAGCAAUCCUACCACCUGCACCUUUAUGAAUUUUACUUGGCCUUAACUUAGUUGCCCUUGGUGACAAUAGCCUUAUUCAGUUUCUCUAUAAUGUGCGGGAUAAACGACGGUUAUUUUCAUGUGGAUUAGUGGAUGGACAGAGGGGCCAUUUUUCAAUGGUAGCAGUGGGCCAGUGAUAGAAUAAAAUACUUGAAUUACUACCUGAACAGAGUAGUAAAGGGAAGCGGGGGAGGGGGAGUAAUUGAUGUCAUUAUGCGGAGUAUACUUUCUGUCAGAAGAAGUCUAGAAAUUUAUGCUUUUGGCGUAUACGUGUCGUAGUUUGGGAACUAUUUCGUCAUUUACAAUUGAAAUGUACGUUAUUUGUUUUUUUUUUAAUAUGUUGCUCUUAAUUAUGGCAGAGAUAAGAUUAGUCGUGCUGUGCAAACUGCUUAUUUCAAUCUUGGUGAAAUUAACAGUUUGCAUUACACAACCAGGGUAAUCUUCGUAUUUUUGGUUGGAAAUCUUAAAUAAGUUGGUAAUGUAUACAAGCGUUAAUCUAUCUCGACAGGUGCUUUUUUAAAUUCUAAUUCGCUCUUUUCACGUCACUCGGAGCAGAUGCUCUUUAUUGUCACCUUGAUAUUGUGUUCGCGUUCAGUUUGUCAGAAAUCCUCAUACGUUUUUCUAUUCUUCCGCUGUAUAAACCAAGGCUUAAAAGAUUCAUUCGUAGAAAUCCCUCAUCACCAACGGCAGAUUGAAAAUUAAGGUAGCAAAUCUGAUAACCUAUAAAAUGUGAUAUAUUUAGCGUGCACCACUAACGUGGUGCGUUUUGUUCAUGUUGCAUCUUUUGAUAAAUUCAUACCGUGUUUUUGUUUUUUGUUUUGUUUUUUUUUCUCUCGACGUUGUAAAGACUUUUGCAUUCGUGGUGUAAAUGAAUUUUCAUGUUUAUAUAAACCAUUGCGUUAAGUUUAACGUAAUCACUGAGCCAAUUAGCUUUACAUCUCUUACUUACAAUUUCAAUAAGGAGCGAAGUUGUUAAGAGACUCGGUCGAAAUAUUAUUGCGAUUCGCUGUGUAGUGCGUAACGAAGAAACACUUGUUGUAGUAGACUUUUGCGCUUGUUGAAGGAACGUCUGUUUCUUGAGUUAGAUUCCUCCUUUUUACUGUUAGAUACUUCACUUUUUUAAAUAUUCUCUAUUAAAUUGAGAAGUUUUCUUCGCUUUCAAUUGCUUUGCGGUUAGAAGGUUAAAGAUGGCAUUUUAACGUUUCUUCUGAACACGGUUUCAUGUUAGCCAUACUGAGGCAGACUAUUGAUUUACAUUUUUGUAUUGUUUCGCAGACUUCUUCGAGUUGAUAAGCAAAGCCCAGGCCAACAGAAUGGACGAUCAAAGAGGCGAGCUCAAAGGUAAUUUGGAGCUUCCAGAUUUCCUGAAAAUUCCCAACCGUAAAACAGCUGAAACUGACGGAACUUUUAAGGUCCCGUAUGCUCCUCCUCCGCCUCCUGGCUUCAGAAAUGGGGAGACGAACAUGAAGAAACCCGCGGUUAAGAAAACGUUGUCAAAUCCUGUUACUCCAGGUCCUGAGAAAAUGGACUUGAUGCAGGAGCUGUCCGUGAAAUUGUCUAAGAGAUCCGAUUCAACAAAGACUAAUUUGUCGUCUCCCAAGGAAAAUACUGAGCGAAAUACCGAACAAAAUGAAAUGCUAUUAGAUUAUAAUUUUAACUCGCGGCUUCAGCCGCAACAAGAACAGAACGGCAGUAAAGCUGUUGGAACGAGAAGGGGAGAAAGAAAUCUUCGUUCGGAGAGACCAAGGUCUUCAACUGAUGUUGAAGUCUAUACUGUGGAUGCGGCGCGCGGGAUGCGGGUUGAAACGGGUCCUCAACCUCGACCCGUAUCUGAAAAUGAACCCCCAAGAAACGUGGCACACGUCCAACCUUUAGUGCGAUCACAGGGUUCUCAGCCUCUGACUGUAAAUAGUUUGCGUGGAAUUCACUACGCUACUAAUCCACGUCGUAGCUCUGGUGACCAAGCGGGGCACUAUCGUUCAAACAACGUCGGCAGCGUCAAACCGCAAACAAUCGAGCGGGUUACUUCCAAGUCCUCUCAAAAUGUGAGAGAAACUACGCCGGCGAUUUACAACGUGAAACCCGGUGCAAAGCCCGGGUCAAAGCCCGGGUCAAUUCGUGAAGCAAUGCAAGGAAAAGGUUUCGAUGAUUCGAGGAGAUUUUCAAGUAUUCCCGUCGAUAUUCCUUCGCGGAAAAUAGUAUCUGCUUACAGUUUGCCUGAAGUGAGCACACGAAAGGCCGAAAUACUCGUCCCCUCCUCGGGCGGCCCACCUCCAGUCCCUCGAAGAACUGUCUCUAGUAUGGAGGCAAGACGACCGCGGCCCAAGCCAAUCAUUGGCUCAGAGGAGCUUUUAGCAGGGCUGGAAAAUACUGUGGUAGAAUCACAGUUGAAUACGUCUCCUUCGUCGGCACCGAGCCAGGAUAUAACGAGAGUAGCGAGUCCGCUUCCUCCCCCACCUAUCCCUCUCUCGGGAUCAAUGCAUGAUCUACAACUAGCCGACUUCUCACCGCCUCCUUCAAUAUGUGAGUCACCGGAAGGACCCAACACCUCUCAGUAUCGUCGUUCUUUAGACUCUUCGAUAACCCAGCAGACUUUUACGUCGGAUUCGUUUCCAAGUAGUACAACUUCUCAGGCCCGACACAGCAUUGCCAGUCCGCCAAAUUAUUCUGGCCCAGUAGCUUACGUUGAUUUACCAAACAAGGACGUUCAACGGCAAAGAAUAGACAACAGAUCAACAGACUCUAAUAGACAAUCAAUUAAAACGCAUAUUAGACAAAGCAAUUCGCACGUUCCAAAUCCGGGGGGAUACUCUAACCAGCCAGGGAGGAGUGAAGAUCACACGGACGCAGCUUCACAGCCACGGCGAUCCCCCCCUGACACUCAUACGCCUUGUUCGGGAACUCCACCCCUUUUGAACCCAAACAAAACGAUAACACCGUCAACAAAUGAAAGAACUCUAGUUGAUGAGUCUUCAGAAAGUGACACGCCCUAUACGGGUCACAGACCACCAAUAGACGUUGCGUCUAAACGACUCGUACACGGCACCUCGCGGAGCGUGGACUCGGAGAAACGACGCAGUCGGCAGGACGGCGAGAUUCCAAAGCUUGACCCGUAUGUAACAUAUGAAAAGGAAGAUUUGAGGAUAACUUUUGUAUAGGAAUUUUACUGAUUUUAAUUAACAGAGAUUAAAUGGAUACGUUUCUCCUAACAGUGAAGCUUGGUUUUCACGAGGGACCCAAUCUCACUGUAGACUUUCUUCGAUUUCUAAAAUGUGUAAGUUCCGAAGUUUAGUUGUUAGAAACAGCUGUGUCAUGGACUAGGUAAAGCUCUGAGGCAAUAGGCCCUUUGCAGCUAGUCAUUCACGUGGUACAAAACCGCCGUGCGGAAGAGCAAGGGACGCACAGGGACAAGACAAACGGAUAGCUUACAUUAUUUAAAACGGUAGAGUGAUUUUACUUGAACCGUGAAAUAGGUAGUAGAAUACUACGCACUAUUAUGCACUAAUUUUAUUGUCUUCUUUUGUUUACCUCUCGCAGUUUUGUAUUAUUUGUUAGUAUCUGUCUCACGGUUCAAGUAAAAUCACUCUAAUUUCCCUUGUUUGUUUUCUCCCAGUGCGUCCCUUGCUCUCCAGCAUGGCAGUUGUUUUUGUACCACGUGACUGACUAGCUGCAAAGGGCCCUUUAUAGUUCAGUAAAAUCCUGCGUGUGUAGGUAAUCGUUGCCGUCGCAAAAUCUCGUCCUGAAAACAAGCUUGACGCAGAUUCUUCUAUCCUCUUAGUUGCGAAUAAUUUCACUUGAUAUAUUCUCGCAUUUUUGUUUCUAUUUCCGGGCAAACCAAGCUUCAUUUUGCGGAGAAUGAGCUGCAGCAAAAUUCGAUAUAUUUUGUUUACUCAGGCUUUAUAAAAGGGACAGGUAGAAAGUGUGCCACUUACGAUUCUAAUUUGUAGGCUUAAUGAUAGUACGGUAAAAACCCGCGAGUAUUAAAGCACCUGCAUUUUCCCAAGUUAGCCUAAAUAGGUUCUUACAUAAAUGUUAAUUAGCACAAAUUUAGGCAAUUUAAGUUCUUAAAUAGAAAAUACAUUGUAGCUAAGAGUAUUAGCUUAUUCGUUACAUCAAAUCUGCAUCCCAUUACAGUGCAGUUGGCGUGAUGUGGCACCUAUUUCUCCAAAGAGGUUCCUGAAUGUUGACCUAUCUUUUUUGCCAAAGUGUACAGAGUAUUUUUUUACAGAGUUUACAAAAUAAGAACCUGUUUCAAAUUUUAGGCUAAACAGGUUCUUGUAUAUAGGGGGCCUAACUUGCAAAUUUUAACCUAACAUGUUCUUAAAAACCAGGUUCUUACUCGCGGAUUUUUACUGUAUCAAGAAACGAACAAGUGAGGCCAUGACUGACUUGAAAUCGUGCAGCGCACUUUUUACUGUGUAAAUUUUAUAUUUAACCCGAACUGAAAUAGAAUUAUUUUGCGAGAGUUACUUUUUAAACUGGCGACUGAGUUUAUUUUAAAACAAACGUAUAUUCGUACUUGAAAUCUCAGUACCUAAAUAGUUGUGUUUUAAAUCAGAUUUUCUUCAAUUUUGAGAUAAUAUGGCGUCGUUUUUAAGAUUAAUUUCUAAAAUUAUUCUGUACUCUUGAAAAGUUUUAUUGUUAAUGCAUGGCGCGGAUGAUUUCCUGCGGCGCUGCAGUUUUUUAAGCAACUGAAAGUCAAAUGAUUUAUAUUUUUGUUUAUCGAGACAACGAUUAUUGCACGUUUAUUUGAAAACUAUUUAUGAAUUAUCUUCUGAAUAUAUUUCGCUCACGAAGUUCAGUACGGGAGGUGAGAAAUUUAAAUUUUGUACAGGUUGAGCGCACGGAAUGUAUUUACUCCUUGUGAACUAAAAAAAUAACUUUUAUUCUGUUCCUGGUGUUUAGUUGUUCGGUUAGCGGGACAGAACAGAGCGCUUUGUUUGUCCAAUCAGGGCCAUUCACGUAUUUGUUUACGCGCGAGGAACUUCACGUUUCCUUUAUAAAAUCCAAAAAUGGAUUUUGAAUCUAAAGAAUCCUCACUCUAAAUGGAUCCAUUAGAUGAAAUCUAAACAUGGAUUUCUAAGACGCAGGAUCUGUACGUUAAGUUCGUGCGCUUGUGAAUGUGUCGCGAUUUAUUGCUCUGUUUUGUGAUUGGCCUUCGUUGUUCGAGGGUCCUUAGUUCUUUACAAGCAAGUUAUCUCGCAGUAAUAGGUCAUACUGUUUAUUUGGUCUUAUUUAUGAGAUGCAAAAUUUUCAAAUGAAAUCUUAAGUGUUUUACGUCGUGUUUUACAAGCACUCAAGUAUUGGUUAGUUUUGUAUCAUAGAUUAUUGUAACAUUGCUACAAUGUGUGGAAAUGCACAGCCUUACAAGUCAAUAUCAAGAGGAUCAUUAAUUAAUAAAAUAUACAUUACUAUGCGUUUUGUGUAACGACACAUUCCGCUUCUUUCCUCUAGCAGCAACGUGCCCCUCGCCC